UCAUGGCUUUAGCUCCUCAGUUUGCUGGUCACCGUUUAGGUUCUGCUGAUGCUACUCAUACAAUUGAGAUUUAUUUGGACUAUGUUUGUCCUUUUUCUGCAAAGAUGUAUAAGAAAAUCCGAGAGGAAGUCUGGCCUUACAUUGAAGAAACCUAUUCUGAUAGAGUUCAGCUUAUCUUUCGUCAACAAGUCCAACCUUGGCAUGCUUCUUCCACUAUUGUUCAUGAAGCAGCUCUUGCUGUUGAAAAAGUAAAUCGAAACAAGUUUUUUGAAUUCUCGGAUGCCUUGUUUGCCAAACAAAGAGAGUAUUUUGAUGAAGCCCUAGAAAACAAGACACGCAGAGAAAUUGCUCAAGACUUGGCCAAGUUGGCAGAGUCUGUAGGUGUCUCUUCUGACAAAGUACUUGAGCUUUUAGUCAAUGGUACAGGUGAACCCAAGAAUGCUGGUAACAAGGUCACGAAUGACUUGAAAUUGGCUAUUCGUCUCAGUCGUCAAAAUGGAAUCCAUGUUAGUCCUACUGUAUUGGUAGAUGGUAUUCGUGAUGACAGUGUCUCUUCUAGUUGGGAAUUGGAUCAAUGGAAAGAAUACUUGAAGAGCAAAUUAAAAGUUUAUUGAAUAAAUUGAAUUAAGCAAACA